AAGGGUACAUAAUUAGAUGUGAAUUAACAGAAACAAAAAACCUUAGAGAAAGAGAAAACCAUGUUGCUGAAAUAUCUAUUCCCACCUUCCCUGUUCUUCACUGCAACUUCUUUGCUAACUUUGGCCUCCAUGGCGAACGGUGGGUUAGCAGAAGUAAGAGGGAAACAUGUGCAAUAUUCCAAGUUCUUUGGUGUGGGUUCACAGGGUUCGAAAGCAUCCCAGAUCAUGCUCCCAACCAGAGCUGCCAUGGUUAUAGUUUAUACACCAGGCUUCCUCAACGGGGUCGCUUCAUUCCUGCUUUUCCCGGAUGAGGGUUUCAGAUUUCUGUUGCUGAAAUCUGCGAUAACCAUCCAUUUCAGCAAGAGAGUUUUCGAGGCCCUUUUUAUUCAUAAAUACAGCGGUAAGAUGGGUCUCGACACACUGAUAUUCAUACUUGUGAGUUAUUUGGUAUCCACUGCAAGCAUGAUUUACUCGCAACACCUCACACAGGGAGUCCCAGAGCCACCAAUUGAUUUGAAAUACCCUGGAAUUGUUUUGUUUCUAAUAGGAGUAAGUGGAAACUUCUACCAUCAUUACCUCCUCUCCAAGCUGAGAGGAAAAGGUGACAACGAAUACAAGAUUCCCAAGGGUGGUUUCUUUGCAUUAGUGGCAUGCCCUCACUAUCUAUUUGAGGUAUUAGGGUUUUGGGGAAUCACUUUCAUUUCCCAAACAUUAUAUACAUUUUCAUUCACUCUAGGCUCUACCUUGUACUUGAUGGGUAGGAGUUAUGCCACUAGGAAAUGGUACCUUUCCAAAUUUGAAGAUUUCCCAAAGGGAGUCAAGGCUAUGAUUCCAUACAUAUUCUAGAUAUAUAUUUAUGUGUGUGUCGGUGAGAUGCCAAACCUUAUUCAGCUCAACCCCAUACAAAUAAAGCUAAACUUUUUGUCCA